CCGGAAGUUGCUAUGACGUAACAGAUGUUCUUCUCUACCUAACGCCAGGCAACCGCCAAGAGCGAGAAAAAACUUUGUGUAAGUCGACGGAAGGGCGGUUAAAAAGUUGAUUAAAGUGUCGCCACGUGAUGGCGGUCCAGUCCUAAACCGAGGCCGUGUCACAGAUGUGGAGUUAGUGGGAUGAACUCGAGGUAUGAUAUCCAGCGGAGGCCCGGAGGAGGAGGCGGCGGCGGCGGCGGUGGUGGUGGUGGUGGUUUCAGCGGCAGCCCCGUCACCGGCUCCCCCGCUAUGGGAGCGCAGGCGCGCCGCAGGAAGAUGGCUCCCAGACCGGCGGAUUAUAAACUCCAGAUCAUCAUCAUCGGAUCCCGCGGGGUGGGAAAGACCAGCCUGAUGGAGAGGUUCACUGAUGAUACCUUCUGUGAGGCGUGUAAAUCCACCGUGGGUGUGGAUUUUAAAAUCAAAACCGUGGAGCUGCGAGGAAAGAAGAUCAGGUUGCAGAUCUGGGACACCGCCGGUCAGGAGAGAUUCAACAGCAUCACAUCAGCCUACUACCGAGGCGCUAAGGGAAUCAUCCUGGUGUACGAUAUCACCAAGCAGGAGACCUUUGAGGACUUGCCCAAAUGGAUGAAAAUGAUCGACAAGUACGCGUCAGAAGACGCCGAGCUCCUGUUGGUCGGGAACAAACUAGACUGCGAGUCCGACCGUGUCAUCGCGCGUCAGCAGGCCGAGAGGUUUGCCUCGCGGAUAUCAGGGAUGCGGUUCUGCGAGGCCAGCGCCAAGGACAACUUCAACGUCGAUGAGAUCUUUCUCAAACUAGUGGAUGAUAUUUUAAGCAAGAUGCCGCUGGAAAUGCCCAGUAGAGAGCUCUCCAACAGCGUGCUUUCCCUUCAGCCCGAGCCCGAACUGCCCCCAGAACUUCCGCCUCCUCGCAUGCGCUGUUGUUGAGCCUCAAUCCGGUCCUCCUGCUCCUGAAAAUAAAAACAAAUAAAAACAAACCUUUCUCUCCCACAAGCUCCUGUAUUUCCAGAGACUGACCACCAGGGGGGGAAAGCGCUCCUGCACUGCACCAAGGCAGUCCUCCUACAUUUCGGAGACGCGGACUCCAGGGCAUGUGCAGUAUGAGGGCACAUCCGGGAGCAAGAGCUUUCAGAAUUAUUCACCACAUUAGACUUUUUUUUUUUUGUACGAUGCUGCUGUUAGGUUCACUAGAUGAAACCCAGACUGACGAACUGAUUUCUUUUUCUUUAACCGUGUAGCUGCGUACACAAGCUUCUUCAGUUUCAGUAUUUGGGAUUAACACGUACUUUCCAAGAAAUUUGACUCGCUGUAGCAUGUCAGUGAUCGAGCGCAUGGUCACGACCUCAGGAGUGUACGCCUCGUAUCAGGCCAGUCAGAAACAAGUCAGCUCAGAUUUCCUGAAUCGAACAGCUCUUUUUUUUUUUUCUUCUUCUUCUUUUUCUUCCUUUUUUUUUCUUGAGUGAUUUACCGUUUUGGUAGUGUUUAGUUUCGAAGUAGCCUUGCUACUUUUUCAGCUUUUCGGCUACAGCAUUUGAAUUUACAUUUAUGCAUUUGGCAGACGUCUUGUUCGGAGCGACUUACAGCAGCAGCAGUCAAACUCAAUGCAAAUAAAUAUACAGUACCAGUCAAAAGUUUGGACACAGCUCCUAAUUCAAUGUAGAACACUCACUCAUCGUCUAGACCGCUUCAAUCUGUGUUCAGGGUCGCGGGGCCAGGAGCCUAUCCCAGGAGACUUGGUGCAUGAGGUCGGGGGGUACACACACACACUUACAUACAUUCAUUCACACACUUUGGGCAAUUUGGGAACGCCAAUUAGCCUAAUCUGCAUGCCUUUGGACUGUAGAAAGAAACUGGAGCACCCGGAGGAAACCCACCAAGCACUGAGAGAACAUGCAAACUCUACAUACUCAGACUUGAGGCGGGAAUCAAACAAGACCCCUGGAGGUGCGAGGUGACCGUGCUAACCACUAUGCCAACGUGCCGCCAAUUCUAGAACAAUACUGAAGAUUUUAAAACGAUGAAAUAACAAGGAACAAUCAGUUGUUCUGUAUAGUCAAAGGCAUUUGCAAAACCCAUCAAGCACCAUAAACAUCAUCCCUGGAAAGCAAGACCAAAACUUUACCUCUGCUGCAGAGGAUAGGGUUCAUUUAGAGAUACCAGCCUCAGAAAUCACCAAUUAACAACCAGCACCUCAGAUUAAAGCUGCUACAAAGGCUUUACAGAGCAUAAGUAGCAGACACAUCUCAAUAUCAACUUGUAAAAGGAGAUCUGUGCAUAUUUUGGUUGCCAAAAUAUAGAAAGAGAAAUAGAAUUAGGAAAGAUCUAGGAAUUAGAAGAUGCCUCCAAACUUGGCUCUGACUGGUACUGUAAGUGUCUGAAGGAGAAAGGAUGGAUAAACUUAAUUUGUAAAUUUAAAAAACAUCUAAAAAAAAAAAAAAAAAAAAGGUGAGAUUGUGAGCUUGUUAAUUAGUAAAAUUAAAGAGCUGCUUAUCAAUAGGCAGCAGUCCAACCAAGAUUGUGGUGAUGGUGGUCAGACUUCCAUCCUUGUGUUUAUCAGUAUUCAUGUUCUUGCACUACAAUCCUCACUUGUAGUUGAGAUGUACAGAAAACUUCCAAGCACUAAUACGUCGUAUAGUUCACUACCAGUGCCAUUUCUGCUACUACACUAAAAAAAGGGGUUUUAUAGAGAACUGGAAUUAUUAUUAUUAUUUUUUUUCCUUCUUUUUUUUACCUAAAGGGCUACACGGCAAAAGACGUCGAGGUAGCUGACGUUAAUAGCGACAAUUAGAAGACCUACCUUUGUUCCUGACUAAACAGCUGUUAGGGGCUGGAUUGUAUAAUAGACCGUGGAACGAUGAAAUGGAAAUGCUGCACCUUACACUGGAGCAUCUUCUGUUGUUUUGGUCACUGCACAGAUUGCCAUGGGAACACACACAUUGACACAAACGGCUGUUACACUCGCGUGACGUUGGUCUGCAGAGAUGCUGUGGAUUCUUUGAAUCGAUUGUCUUUGUAACAGGACUCAACAUUGUGUGUGUUCUAGUUUCUGAGACCUUGUGUAAUCACUAAUUAAUAAAAUGCACAAUAAUUUAUAAAGUAGAUGAAAACAGAGCAGUAUUUUCCUUUUUUUUUUUAACGAUAUGAAUGCUCGUUUCGUAAUGAUGUAAUGAUGCUGAGAGCUUUCUGGGUGUUACAAUGCAUUCACACCUUACGUUUAUCAAAAGACCCCGAAACUGCAUAAAGACCUGACGUGGCAGCUUUGCUUCUGAGAAAGGGGUUUCUGUUUUGUGCAUGUGUGGUGUGUACUGAACGUCUAAGCCUCAUGUAGCAGUGCAUGAUUUCCACACAGCUCCAAGACCAUGUGUUUCAUUUUCAUAUUUUGUAUGAUUUCUAACAAAGGCUUUGUAAAGGUUUCUAAAAACCAGCCUAAAACUUGCAGUAUUUCUCAUGUUUCUUCAAGAUUUUUUUUUUUUUGUGAAUGUGUACUAACCUGAAGGUUGCUUCUUUGUUAUUGUUUUUUUUUUUUUCUUUUGUGAAUGUGCCAGAUUUGAUGAAAGAAGGGCCUUUAUUUAUCACUAAGUGCUUUUUAUGUGACUUCUUAUUUGCAGAAUUGUUUUUAUUUCCAUUUCCUUUGUUUGUAUUCUGGAUUCUUGAAAGCCAAAAUGAGUCUUGAGAUUUACUAAGCUAUUACUAGAAUUGUUUUCUGUCUCUAUUCUCAAUUUCUUUGCUUGUCUUUUUUCCCCCCAUUAAGGAUAAAUUGAAAGUAUUGAUUUCCCUAUUAUUUUAGAAUAAUUUUUAAGUUAAACCCUCCUUUUUUAUGGAGUAAUUUAAGGUAAAUUUUCUUUUUUUCUUUUUUCAAAAGAAAAUCUACAUCAGUAUUGUUCCAGAAGCUCUAAUAUUCAUACUUGGUAAAUCAGUCACGUGGUUUUCGUUUGUUAUUGAACGUUAAAAAUGUCAUGGCCCAUUAAAAACAGUUCAUCCCACUGUGAGGAUUUCCUCAGUUGAAGUAGUGAUAAUUGCUGCCUUGAAAAUCUAAUAUCUUGUAUAGAGUAAUCUUAUGUUCAUUUUCAUCACCUAUAGGACUGUUUUAGAAAUUGUUACAUAAAAAAAAGAGCAAGAAAGAAAUUGACCCUCGCUUUUAUGUGUGGUGAGGAAGAGUACUUUGUAAUCAAAUUUUUAGGUAUUUGAAACAGUUUGGCAUGUUUAAACAUUUUUGUGAUAUUUAUAACUCAUGGUGUUCUUGAACUAAUGAAGUGCAAAUAAAAAUAUAUUUAUUAUCUA